GAAUAGUUUGUACUUUUUCCUUCCUUUUUUCAACUCCAAACCUCUCACUUCCAUAUGCGUAGAUGAUGUCCCCAAAUUUAUCCAGCUUCUUUUCAACUGUUCCACUUAAUCUUUCCAAUGCAACGCAGAGAUCUGUGUUUACUGUGUCCCAUGCAGUUUUCUCACAAGCUCUUGGCCAUUUAACUCCAGGCUUGUGCCCGUUGAGGUUCUUUUCUCUCUUAUGCUGGUUUGUCUGACCGGGUUCACAAGGAUCAUUAGGUUCAUCACUAACUGUGUCCAUGCAAGUCCUCCUCACAUCUAUGACAGGGGUGCUGAUAUCCUGUGAACUGUGGUUUGCUUCCUGUCGCUGGAUUUCAUUCGACUGACUUGACUGACUUCGUAAGAAGUACUGAUCAAUGCGAGGCCCUUGUCCCUUCUCCCUCAAGCAUUUCAUUCUCCCUUGAUGAAUCUUCAAACCCCUGACCGUUGUCGCCUUGCUCCAGCCGCAGACACAAACCUGGAGUUCCAUGUCUUUGUUAACUGCAGAUCUUGAACUAGUCUUUUGUGAAGUACUCUCCAUACUCAUAUCCGUUUCCGUUCCUAAGUCGUUAACAUUUUGCAAACAUUUUGACUAGAAGUCCUUCUCAGUGUUUUAGUUGAGGAGUUAUGACACUAGCAUUAAGGAUAUUCCACAAAAGUUUCUAAACUGUUUUCUUUCGUCCUCUUUUCAUUCCAUAACAGGGUAAUUGGAUGUCUAAGUUUGACAAGGAGAAUGUCUUCAAUGGUGAAUUUUACAGGUCAGAUACUGAUCAGUGUACCAUGUCAAUGAUGUACCAGGAGACCAAGUUCCGCUACGGCAUGUUCCCAGAAGACAAGGUCAAGGUGCUGGAGCUGCCCUACAAGGGUGAUGACAUCACAAUGGUACUGAUCCGGCCCAAUGACGACAUGAACCUGGUGGAGGUGGAGAGAGGCCUGGACCUAAAGAAACCUGUCCAAUGGAUGGACUCCAUCAAGGAGACCACAGUGUUUGUAGAGAUACCAUGAUUCUGCAUCGCAGACAAUUUCAGCUUGAAAGACAAGCUGCAGAGCAUGGGCUUGAGGGACCUGUUUGACCUUAAUAAAUGCAGUUUACCAGGUAUGGUUGAAGAACAACAAAAUGGCCUUUACAUUUCAGAAGCAUUUCACAAAGCAUUUUUAGAAGUGAACGAGAAAGGCAGCGAGGCAGCGGCUUCCACUGCAGUCAUUGCCACAGGUCGCUAUAUCGACAUGAACCACGCAUUCUUCAACACCAACAAGCCCUUCCUGCUGCUGAUCCGCGAGGUGUCUAUCAGUACCAUCAUCUUCAUGGGCAGGGUUGCAGAUCCCUGA